AUGACACUUAACGAUCCUCUCUACGAAUCCUUAGAGCGGUUUUGGCGCGUUGAAGAAAUCACAAAUAAACCAAAUUAUUCGCUCGAAGAACAGCAAUGUAAAGCGCACUACGCAGCUAACGUCGCCAGAUUGUCAGAGGGUAGAUACGUCGUCCGUUUACCACGUCAUGAGAACUUCGAGCAGAUGAUAGGCGAAUCGAAGGCUACAGCACUUCGUCUUUUCCAACUCCUCGAAAGACGUUUGUCGAAUGAUCCACAGUUGAAAAGCCAAUACGAUUCCUUCCUAGCCGAAUACCUCGAGCUCGGCCAUAUGCGAUUGGUACCUGAAAAUGAAGAAAAAUCAGAAAUAAGUCAUUACUUACCACAUCAUCCGGUUUUAAAAGAAUCCAGUAGCACUACGAAACUCCGAGUAGUGUUCGAUGGUUCCUCCAAAACAUCGACUGGAUUUUCGCUAAACCAAGCUCUCCAAGUCGGACCAACUGUGCAAGACGACUUGCUAACAUUAAUCAUACGAUUUCGCAAAUAUCCGAUCGCCCUGGUAGCGGAUAUCGAAAAGAUGUACCGCCAAGUUUUGCUAGAUCCGCGAGACACUCCGCUCCAACGAAUUUGUUGGCGUUUCAACUCGAAUGAAAAAAUAGCAACUUAUGAGCUGCAAACUGUGACGUAUGGUUUGGCUCCUUCUUCGUUCCUAGCCACUCGCACACUGCGACAACUAGUUCACGAUGAAGGGCAAAAUUAUCCUCUCGCUGCGCCAGCGCUCUCCAAAUGCUUUUAUAUGGAUGAUUAUUUGGGUGGCGCACAAACCAUCGAUGAAGCAAUAUAA